GUACAACAACUAACCGCAGUUGUCCCAACUCGGUCUUGCUGUUUGCUCGGUGCCCCUUAUUCACCUGUUCGCGUUACCUGGAGGGGUUUAUACAGUAAACGUAUCACGUCACUGCGCCUUCCAGAGGGGUUGGGGCUGAGAGUUAGCUUGAUUUCAUUGCGGUGAAAGUUAGGUAGGGCGGAGAUUAGGGAGCAUGGGGAGUCGCUGCUGACAUUAACCGGUUGUUGUUCUUUAGCGGAAAGAAAAGGCGCAGUUUUAUGCUGGCAGUGUUAAAGACCACACAUUAGUGCUGGUGAUGUGUGGGAGCACGGUUUUUCUGCAUUUUGCAAUGAAGUACAACAGUGCAUAAGGACCAAAGAGGCCGUUGACAGUUGAUGGGCGGAUGGCACCCAAGUGAUCCAACAUGGCCCUGAUGAUCCCUCCUGUGAAGCUGAAAUGGCUGGAGCACCUCAACAGCUCCUGGAUCAUGGAGGACAGCGAGUCCAUCGCGACGAGGGAGGGAGUGUCGGUGCUGUACUCGAAGCUGGUGGCCAACAAAGAGGUGGUCCUGCUGCCCCAGCAGGUGCUGUGCCUCAAGGGCCCCCAGCUGCCAGAUUUUGAGCGCGAGUCCCUCUCCAGCGAUGAGCAGGAGCACUACCUGGACGCCUUGCUCGGCAGCCAGCUCGCGCUAGCCAAGAUGGUGUGUUCGGAUUCCCCGUUUGCCGCUGCCCUGCGCAAGCGGCUUCUGGUGCUACAGCGCAUCUUCUACGCGCUCUCCAACAAGUACCAUGACAAGGGGAAGGUGAAGCAGCAGCAGCACUCGCCCGAGAACAACUCGGGCUCCACCGACAUCCACUCGGUCAGCGAGCGGCCCAGGUCCAGCACGGACGCGUUAAUCGAAAUGGGCGUGCGCACUGGCCUCAGCCUGCUGUUCGCUCUCCUGCGCCAGAGCUGGAUGAUGCCCCCUCCUGGCCCCGGCUUGAACCUGUGCAACGACGUCAUCCACACUGCCAUCGAUGUCAUUAGCUCCCUGCCGCCCUUGUCGCUGGCCAACGAGAGCAAAAUCCCACCCAUGGGCUUGGACUGUUUGGCCCAAGUGACAACUUUUCUGAAAGGUGUGACCAUGCCAAAUUCCGGGGCUGACACCCUGGGGCGCAGGUUGGCAUCAGAGCUGCUUCUCGGCCUCGCUGCCCAAAGGGGCUCUUUACGGUACCUUCUCGAGUGGAUAGAGAUGGCCCUGGCAGCGUCUGCUGUUGUGAGCACGAUGGAGAAAAAUAAAGUGCCCCUGAGUCAAGAAGGACUAAUCGGCUAUGACUGCUUCAUGAAUAUCUUAAUGCAGAUGCGGCGCUCCCUGGGUUCCUCAGCAGACCGAAGUCAAUGGAGGGAGCCAACUCGAACACCUGAUGGGCUGUGCUCCUUAUAUGAGGCAGCGCUGUGUCUUUUCGAGGAGGUCUGCAGAAUGGCAUCUGACUACUCCAGAACCUGCGCAAGUCCAGACAGCAUCCAGACAGGAGAGGCGCCUAUUGUGUCCGAAACCUGCGAGGUUUACGUCUGGGGCAGCAACAGCAGCCAUCAGCUGGUGGAAGGCACUCAGGAGAAAAUUUUGCAGCCCAAACUGGCACCGAGUUUUGCAGAUGCACAGACGAUUGAAGCCGGGCAGUACUGCACGUUUGUCAUUUCUUCGGAUGGGUCAGUGAGAGCGUGUGGAAAAGGAAGCUAUGGGAGACUGGGGCUGGGAGACUCCAACAACCAGUCCACUCUGAAGAAGCUGACCUUUGAACCUCACCGAGCGAUCAAGAAGGUGUCGUCCUCCAAGGGCUCUGAUGGGCACACGCUGGCUUUCACCACUGAAGGAGAGGUCUUCAGCUGGGGAGAUGGGGACUAUGGAAAACUGGGACAUGGGAACAGUUCCACACAGAAAUACCCCAAACUUAUCCAAGGCCCUUUGCAAGGAAAGGUGGUUGUGUGCGUGUCUGCUGGCUACAGGCACAGUGCAGCCGUCAGUGAAGAUGGAGAGCUCUACACCUGGGGAGAAGGGGACUUUGGAAGACUUGGUCAUGGUGACAGCAACAGCCGAAACAUCCCAACUCUGGUGAAAGACAUUAGCAAUGUGGGGGAGGUGUCUUGUGGCAGCUCCCACACCAUAGCCUUGUCAAAAGAUGGGAGGACAGUUUGGUCAUUUGGAGGUGGAGAUAACGGAAAGCUUGGACACGGUGAUACGAACAGAGUAUACAAGCCCAAAGUUACUGAGGCCUUACAAGGCAUGUUUAUUCGGAAAGUCUGCGCAGGAAGCCAGUCUUCACUUGCCCUGACUUCAACAGGACAGGUCUAUGCAUGGGGCUGUGGAGCCUGCUUAGGCUGUGGAUCUUCAGAAGCUACUGCACUAAGACCAAAGCUGGUUGAAGAACUGGCCACAACAAGAGUGGUGGACAUUUCAAUAGGAGACAGUCACUGCCUGGCCUUAUCACAUGAUAACGAGGUCUAUGCCUGGGGUAACAACUCAAUGGGGCAGUGUGGUCAAGGAAACUCUACUGGACCUAUAACCAAGCCCAAGAAGGUCAUUGGUUUGGAUGGUGUGGCAAUUCAGCAAAUAUCCGCAGGCACCUCACACAGUUUAGCUUGGACAGCUUUGCCCAGGGACAGGCAAGUAGUUGCUUGGCACCGGCCCUACUGUGUUGAUUUAGAAGAAAGCACUUUCUCACACCUGCGCUCCUUUCUCGAACGAUACUGUGAUGGCAUCAACAGUGAAGUUCCACCUCUUCCCUUUCCCUCAUCAAGGGAGCAUCAUAGCUUUCUAAAACUGUGUCUCAAGCUCCUAUCCAACCACCUUGCCCUUGCUCUUGCUGGAGGGGUGGCCACGAGUAUUCUCGGCCGACAAGCCAGACCCCUGAGAAACCUGCUCUUCAGACUGAUGGAUUCGUCUGUGCCUGAUGAAAUCCAGGAGGCUGUCAUAGAAACGCUCUCAGUGGGGGCAACGAUGUUGCUGCCUCCCCUGCGAGAGAGGAUGGAGCUGCUCCACUCUCUUCUGCCGCAGGGUCCUGACAGAUGGGAGAGCUUGUCUAAAGGGCAGCGGAUGCAGUUGGAUAUCAUUUUAACAAGCUUGCAGGAUCACACGCAUGUGGCCUCAUUGUUGGGAUACAGCUCGCCCCCUGAUGCCCCUGAAGCCCUCUCUUCUUGCCAGGGAUUUGGAACCCCUUUAGAUCCCUCCUACAGCUCGCCAGGCAGCCAUCCAGAUACCCACUUAGCAGAAAUCCUCAUGAAAACACUGCUGAGAAACUUGGGCUUCUACACCGAUCAGGCCUUUGGUGAGCUGGAGAAAAACAGUGACAAAUUGCUCCAGGGUACCUCCUCUUCAGACAGCAGUCAGCCUGCACAUCUUCAUGAGCUGCUGUGUUCCUUACAGAAACAGCUACUGGCAUAUUGCCACAUCAACAGUGUCACCGAGAAUUCCAGCAGUGUAGCUUUGUUGCAUAAACACUUGCAGCUUCUGCUGCCUCAUGCAACCGAUACUUUCUCCCGAUCUGCCACGCUUUUGAAGGAGAGCUCCUGGAAUGGGAGUGUCAGGGAAAAGCUGAGAGAUGUGAUCUAUGUCUCAGCAGCCGGCAGUAUGCUGUGUCAGAUCAUUAACUCCCUCUUGCUCCUGCCUGUGUCGGUGGCACGACCAUUAUUGAGCUAUCUGCUGGACUUGCUCCCGCCUCUUGAUUGCCUGAACAGAUUGCUGCCAGCUGCCACCCUGCUGGAGGACCAGGAGCUGCAGUGGCCUCUCCAUGGGACACCUGACUUCGUGGACCCAGCCGGAGCCCCCCUGCCCCAGCCAGCCCAGUCCUGGGUGUGGCUGGUCGACCUGGAGAGGACUGCCGCCCUGCUGGUGGGCCGCUGUCUGGGGGGCAUGCUGCAGGGCCCCCCUGCUUCCCUUGAAGAGCAGGACACGGGCUACUGGCUCAAAACGCCACUGUUCAGCAACGGCCUGGAAAUGGGCAUCCCGCAGCUGGAUAAAUGCAUCAGUUCCUUGCUGGAAGUGGCCCUGUCUGGGAAUGAAGAGCAGAAACCCUUUGAAUGGACCCUCCGCCCUGAAUUGGCAGUGCUUGUUGACUUGGCCUUGGGAUCUACCAAAGAACCAACCAACAGCCUGUGGAUCAAUAUGCAGGACUAUGCAAUCAGCAAAGACUGGGACAACGCAACUCUUAGUAAUGAGGCGCUUCUGGAUACUGUCUCACGAUUUGUUCUGGCUGCUUUACUGAAGCACACUGGGCUGCUGAACCAGGCAUGUGGAGAGGGAAGGUAUCAACCAUGCAAGAACCUGUCGGAAGUUUACCGCAGUGUUUACAAAGUCCGGAACCGCUUACUGGCUUGUAAGAACAUGGAGCUCAUUCAGACCAGGUCAUCCUCCAGGGAAAGGCGGAUUUCAGAUAAUCACGACUCCCUGGAGAUCGACCCCCAGGAGCACGCCUUCACCCGCACCAUCGAUGAGGAGGCAGAGCUGGAGGAACGGGCGGACCGCGAGCGCGAGGAAGGCCACCAGGAGCAGGAUGAGGACGAGGAUGAGAGGGAGCAUGAGGUCAUGACAGCUGGGAAAAUCUUUCAAUGUUUCCUAUCAGCCCGAGACGUUGCCCGCAGCCGGGACAGGGAGCGCUCCAGCAGCAGUGCUGGGGUGGGCAGCGGGUCGGGGACCCGCGGCGAGGAGGUGCCCUCCCAGUCCCAGGAGGACAGGAGGGUCAGCACAGGCCUCCCGGAGGGACAGGACCUCUACACCGCCGCCUGCAAUUCUGUCAUCCACCGCUGUGCCCUGCUCGUUCUGGGGGCCAGCCCCGUGCUGCACAAGCAGCAGGACGAGGGCGGGCCCAUGCAGCAGGCCAGCGGGCCCACCUCCGAGGGCAUCGGCUUCAUGACCAGGAGUGAGAGUCUGACAGCUGAAAGCAGAUCUGUUCAGGUCAGUCCAAGCUACAGGCUGAUCAAAUCAAGAAGCGAAUCUGAUCUGUCCCAGCCAGAAUCUGAUGAAGAAGGCUAUAGUCUGAGUGGACGCAGAAAUGUUGACUUAGACCUGGCUUCCUCCCACAAGAAGAGGGGACUGCUCCACAGCUCUCCAGACUCCUUGACCGAUUCGUGGUUUCGAGCAAAGCACAGCCGCGAUCGCAUAUACAGCCCGCCCUAUUCAUACGAGGAGUCUGACUUUGACCUGACCAAGUCCCUGGGAGUUCAUGCCCUCAUCGACAACAUUGUGAGCUUUGUGAGUGGAGACGUCGGUAAUGCUCCAGCCUUCAAAGAGCCCGAGGAGGGCAUGUCCACCAGCCCACAGGCCACCAUCAUCGCAAUGGAGCAGCAGCAGAGCAGAGCUGAGCUUCGCCUGGAGGCCCUGCACCAGAUUGUGGUCCUGCUGUCGGGGAUGGAGGAGAAAGGCAGCCAGGCAGUGGGAGUAGGGCGACAGGGGCCAGCCUUCCAGUCCUCCUCGCUGCUCACCUCCGUGAGACUGCAGUUCCUAGCUGGCUGCUUCAGCCUGGGAACCGUAGGGACAGGGGGGAUCAAGGAGGAGAGUGUCCAGCUCCAUCACUACCAGGAUGGUAUCAGAGCUGCAAAAAGGAGCAUUCAGGUGGACAUCCAGACUGCAGUGCACAAGAUUUAUCAGCAGCUGUCUGCCACUUUGGAGAGAGCCCUACAAGCCAACAAGCACCAUAUUGAAGCCCAGCAGCGCCUCCUGUUGGUGACGGUGUUUGCUCUCAGUGUCCGCUAUCAGCCCGUAGAUGUAUCUCUAGCCAUUUCCAGUGGCUUGCUUAAUGUGCUGUCCCAGCUGUGUGGCACCGACACCAUGCUGGGACAGCCCCUGCAGCUGCUGCAAAAGCCUGGAGUGUCGCAGCUCAGCACAGCUCUCAAAGUAGCCAGCACUAGACUCCUGCAGAUCCUUGCCAUUACCACAGGGACCUAUGCUGAUAAGCUCAGUCCCAAGGUGGUGCAGUCUCUCCUGGAUCUCCUAUGUAGCCAGCUGAAGAACUUGCUCUCCCAGGCUGGGGUGAGUCUACUGCCACCUUUCAGGGAGGAGGAAGAGAACAAAUCGGAGGAAAGUGUCGACCCGGAGAAGAAAGACUUUCGAGCUCUUCUGCGUGCACAACAUACAGCAGAGCUGCACCUUGGAGACUUUCUGGUGUUUCUCCGUCGUGUCGUGUCAUCCAAAGCAAUACAGUCGAAAAUGGCCUCCCCAAAGUGGACAGAGGUGCUACUGAACAUUGCUGCUCAGAAAUGCUGUUCAGGUGUCCCCCUGGUUGGGAACCUGAGAACCAGACUCCUCGCUCUUCAUGUGUUAGAAGCAGUGUUGCCAGCUUGUGAGGCCAGUGUUGAAGACGAUCAGAUGACCCAGGUAGUCGAGCGCUUGUUCUCACUGCUGUCUGACUGCAUGUGGGAGGCGCCCAUCGCUGAAGCCAAGCACACCAUUCAAGUCAAGGAGAAGGAGCAGGAGUUAAAACUGCAGGGUGAGGCGGAGGAGGAGGAUGAGAACCUGCCCAUCCAGGAGGUGUCCUUCGACCCCGAGAAAGCGCAGUGCUGCGUGGUGGAGAACGGCCAAGGCCUGACUCAUGGCAGUGGAGGGAAAGGCUAUGGGCUGGCCUCCACGGGAAUCACAUCUGGCUGCUACCAGUGGAAGUUCUACAUUGUUAAAGAGAACCGGGGUAACGAAGGGACUUGUGUCGGGGUGUCUCGCUGGCCGGUUCAUGAUUUCAAUCAUCGCACCACCUCAGACAUGUGGCUGUACAGAGCGUACAGUGGGAACUUGUAUCACAAUGGGGAGCAGACUCUGACACUGUCCAGCUUCACACAGGGUGACUAUGUCACCUGUGUGUUAGAUAUGGAGGCACGGACCAUCUCUUUUGGGAAGAAUGGGGAGGAGCCCAAACUAGCCUUUGAAGAUGUGGAUGCUACUGAACUGUACCCUUGUGUGAUGUUUUACAGCAGUAACCCUGGUGAAAAGGUGAAGAUCUGUGACAUGCAGAUGCGAGGCACUCCGAGGGACCUGCUGCCCGGGGACCCCAUCUGCAGCCCCGUGGCCACAGUCCUGGCCGAGGCCACCACCCAGCUGAUCCGCAUCCUGCACCGCACCGACCUCUGGACCCACUGCAUCAACGGGAACAUGAUGGAGCGGCUGCGCGGGAUCAAGGCCUGCUGCAGGGAGGGCGGCCAGCGGCUGAGGAAGAGCCGCUCGGUGCAGAGCCGCGAGGAGCGCGAGGCCAGGGAGGAGCUCCGGGAGGAGGACAAGGGCCGGCCCGGCCGGCACGGCCUGGCCGAGCUGUCCGAGGCCCAGCUCAAGGCGCUGUGCACCGAGGUGUGGCCGGUCCUGGCCGUCAUCGGGGGGGCGGACGCCGGCCUGCGCGUGGGAGGGAGAUGUGUCCACAAGCAGACGGGCCGCCACGCCACUCUCCUGGGGGUGGUGAAAGAGGGGAGCACGUCUGCCAAAGUGCAGUGGGACGAGGCCGAGAUCACAAUCAGCUUCCCAACUUUUUGGUCGCCUAGUGACACUCCCCUGUACAACCUGGAGCCCUGUGAGCCGCUGCCCUUCGACGUCUCCAGAUUCAGGGGCCUGACCGCCUCUCUGCUCCUAGACCUCACGUACCUCACUGGCAUCCACGAGGACUCGGGGAAGCUUAGCACCAGGCGCCACGAGAAGAAGCACAGGCACGAGUCUGAGGAGAAGGGGGAUCCGGAGCAGAAAACGGAGGGGGAGCACCCGAAGGAAGCCACUGACCUGCGGAUCUCUCACAGCCUCGAUGAGGUCAAAGCUCACGCCGCCAGCUGCAAGUCGGAAAAUGAAAUCGCCUCCUUCUCCUUAGACCCCCAGACGGGGCUAGACCCUCAGCACCAUCAGGCGGAAGGAAAGAGGAAGCUCCACGAGCACGGGCUGAGGACCCACGACCUGGUGCAGUCCGAGAUCCGAGCCGUCCAGCUCUCCUACCUCUACCUGGGAGCCAUGAAGUCGCUCAGUGCUCUGCUGAGCUGCAGCAAGUACGCCGAGCUCUUGCUCAUCCCUAAGGUGCUGACGGAGAACGGCCAUAACUCGGACUGUGCGGGCUCCCCGGUCUUCCAGGAGGAGGUGGAGAUGAGGGCUGCCCUGCAGUUCCUGAUGCGCCACAUGGUCAAGCGCGCGGUCAUGAGGUCACCCAUCAAACGUGCCCUUGGACUAGCCGACCUGGAAAGGGCUCAGGCGAUGAUCUAUAAGCUAGUGGUGAAUGGACUACUGGAAGACCAGUUUGGUGGCAAGGUCAAACCUGACGUAGAUCCAGAGUCGGAGGAGACCGAUGGUGUUCAGCAGGCCCAGACCCCAGUGACUACCAGCCCCUCAGCCUCCAGCACCACGUCCUUCAUGAGCAGCUCCCUGGAGGACACCACCACCGCCACCACUCCGGUCACCGACACCGAGACCGUGCCGGCCUCCGAGUCCCCAGGGGUCAUGCCCCUCAGCCUGCUCAGGCAAAUGUUCUCCAGUUACCCAACCACCACGGUGCUGCCCACGCGUCGCGCACAGACCCCACCUGUCUCCUCUCUUCCAACAUCCCCUUCAGACGAAGUGGGAAGGCGACAGAGUUUGACCUCGCCCGACUCCCAGCCCACCAGAGCAGCCAACCGCACCGCCUUGUCAGACCCCAGCAGCAGGCUCUCGACCUCCCCCCCGCCUCCUGCCAUUGCUGUCCCUCUCCUGGAAAUGGGCUUCUCCCUUCGGCAGAUAACAAAGGCCAUGGAAGCCACAGGUGCCCGGGGAGAGGCUGAUGCCCAGAACAUCACGGUCCUGGCCAUGUGGAUGAUCGAGCACCCUGGCACUGAGGAUGAAGAGGAGCCGCAGUCUGCAGGGGCUACUGAAUCCUGUCCAGGGGCCACAGCUUCUGCUGGAGGCGGGAAGUCCAGAGACGCCAACUACCUGCAGUCGCCAGGGGAGAUCCCUGCUGCAGACGCCACUGAGAUGGAGGAAGGCUUCAGUGAAGGCCCCGAGGGCCUGGACCACGGGGAGAGCGCGUCUGCGUCCAGCGGCCCUGCGCUGAGGGGCCGAUCGGCGGCCACCAGGAAACACCGCUUCGAUCUGGCCGCACGAACGCUGCUGGCGCGGGCGGCCGGGCUGUAUCGCUCCGUGCAGGCCCACAGGAACCAGAGUCGCCGAGAGGGCGCCCCAGUGCAGCAGGACCCCGGGGCGCUGUACGACUUCAACCUGGACGAAGAGCUGGAGAUCGACCUGGACGACGAGGCCAUGGAGGCCAUGUUCGGCCAGGAUCUGGCCAGCGACACUGACAUUCUGGGAAUGUGGAUCCCGGAGGUACUGGACUGGCCAACAUGGCAUGUCUGCGAGACGGAGGACCGUGAGGAGGUGGUGAUCUGCGAGCUCUGCGAGUCGAGCGUGGCCAACUUCAACCAGCACAUGAAGAAGAACCACCCGGGCUGUGGGGGCAGUGCCAACCGGCAGGGCUACCGGAGCAACGGCUCCUACGUGGAUGGCUGGUUCGGUGGAGAGUGUGGCAGCGGCAACCCUUACUUCCUGCUCUGUGGCAGCUGCAGGGAGAAAUACCUUUCCCUCAAGAGUAAAGCCAAGGUGCCCGUCCUGGAAAGGUACAAAGGACAGGCUCCUGACUUGCUUGGGAAGCAGGACAGUGUAUAUGAAGAAGACUGGGACAUGCUGGAUGUGGAUGAGGAUGAGAAACUAACCGGGGAAGAAGAGUUUGAGCUGCUGGCUGGGCCACUGGGCCUCAGUGAACGCAGGGUGGUCCCAGAGGCCGUCCAGUUCCCUGACAGCGAUCCCUUGGGCGCCUCUGUUGCCAUGGUUACAGCCACCAACAGCAUGGAGGAAACCCUUCUUCAGAUAGGCUGUCACGGCUCUGUGGAGAAGAGCUCGUCGGGCCGGGUGACGCUGGGAGAGCAGGCUGCCGCCCUGCUCAACCCCCACGACAGGGUGAUGGCCCUGAGGAGAGUGACCGCGGCCGCGCAAGUGCUGCUGGCCAGGACCAUGGUCAUGAGGGCUCUGUCGCUGCUCUCCGUCAGCGGGUCUAGCUGCAGCCUCGCGGCCGGCCUGGAGUCCCUGGGUCUGACGGACAUCAGGACUCUGGUGCGUCUGAUGUGCCUGGCCGCCGCGGGUCGGGCGGGCCUCUCCACCAGCCCCACAGCUGCCUCCGGCUCUGCCGAGCGCCCCCGGGGAGCCACAAAGGCCAGCAAGCCCAUCUCCUGCCUGGCCUACCUGAGCACGGCUGUGGGCUGCCUGGCAUCCAACAGCCCCAACGCGGCUAAGCUGCUUGUCCAGCUCUGCACGCAGAACUUAAUUUCUGCCGCCACUGGGAUGAAUCUAACCACUGUGGACGAUCCUAUUCAGAGAAAGUUUCUCCCAAGUUUCCUUCGAGGAGUUGCAGAGGAGAAUAAACUUGUAACCUCCCCCAACUUUGUAGUCACUCAAGCGCUAGUGGCUCUGCUGGCAGAUAAGGGGGCUAAGCUCAGACCUAACUAUGACAAGACUGAUGUUGAGAAGAGAGGCCCUCUGGAGCUGGCGAAUGCGCUGGCAGCCUGCUGCCUCUCGUCCCGGCUGUCUUCGCAGCACAGGCAGUGGGCCGCGCAGCAGCUGGUGCGCACGCUGGCGGCGCACGACCGCGAUAACCAGAGCCGGCCGCAGACGUUCGCUGACAUGGCCGGGGAUCUGCGCAAGUGCUCGUUCUUCAAGCUCGAAGCUCACCAGAGCCGGGUAAUAACUUGUGGAUGGUGCAAUAAAAAAGGAUUACUGGCAACUAGUGGGAAUGAUGGUACUGUCAGAGUGUGGAAUGUGACGAAGAACCAAUACACACUGCAGCAGACCUGUGUCUUUAAUAAAUCGGAAAGCACAUCGGAGGAGAGUCUGAGUAACCUGGGCUCUCCCAGUGACCCCAGCCUGUCUCCACUGUCCUGGAGUGUGAGUGGCAAAUAUCUAGCAGCUGCCAUGGAGAAAAUGGUCAACAUCUGGCAAGUUAAUGGAGGCAAAGGUCUGCUGGCCAUGCAGCCUCACUGGGUGUCAGCCUUGGCCUGGCCCGAGGAAGGGCCCGUCUCCGUGUGGGCAGGGGACACGCUGGAAGUGCUGCUGGUGGGGCGUAUGGAUGGCUCCCUGGGCCUGAUUGAGGUGGCAGAUGCCUCCACCAUGCAGCGACUGGAGCUUGAGCACUGCUACAGGAAAGAUGGCAAGUGCUGUCAGAAUGGACUGGUGUGCGUCUGGACUGUUCCUCAGGACACUUGUAGCCACUCUGAAUUAAGUUCUGGGGGAUCUGAUGAAUGGUGGGAAAUGGAAACAAAAACAAAGAUGAGGGACUGUUACAGAAGAUUGGAUGGUGCAGUUUGUGUUUUUCAACUCAAGGGUCACAUCACGCCAGUAAGAUCUGUAGCUUUUAGUCCCGAUGGGCUGGCUUUGGUGUCUGGUGGUGUUGGAGGGCUUAUGAACAUCUGGUCUCUAAGGGAUGGGUCAGUGCUGCAAACAGUGGUGGCAGGAUCUGGGGCCAUUCAGAAUAUAGCCUGGAUCCCUGAUGUGGGUGUAGCAGCUUGUUCUAACAGAUCAAAGGACGUACUUGUUGUGAGCUGCAACUCAGAUUUUAUAGGUGGACACCAUGUUCUAGCGACAUGCAGAACAGCUCUAAAGAAGCAGGGGGUUACGGGACUGAACAUGGCGCCCUGCAUGAGGGCCUUUCUGGAGCGUCUACCAGUGAUGUUACAGGAGCAGUAUACCUAUGAGAAGCCUCAUGUGGUUUGUGGUGACCAGCUGGUUCACAGCCCCUACAUGCAGUGUCUUGCCUCCCUUGCUGUUGGACUGCAACUUGACCCGCUGCUCUGCAAUCCGCCAGUGCCUCCCCACUUGCAGCACUGCCCUCCUGACCUGGGUUCGUGGAACCCCAGCGAGUGGGCCUGGCUGGACUGCUUCUCCACCACGGUCCAGGCAGCAGAGGCCCUGGCACGAGGCGCUCACUUCCCAGGGUCCUUCACUGUACCAGAUCUGGAGCCAGUGCCAGAAGAGGAGCUGGCGCUGCUCAUGGACAACAGUAAAUGGAUAUCUGGAAUGGAUGAGCAGAUUAUGUCCUGGGCAACUACAAGACCAGAGGACUGGCACCUUGGUGGAAAAUGCGAUGUGUUUCUCUGGGGAGCUGGUCGACAUGGGCAACUGGCUGAAGCUGGGAGAAACAUUUUAGUGCCGACUUCAGCCCCCUCUUUCUCGCAGGCCCAGCAUGUGAUAUGCGGCCAGAACUGCACCUUUGUGAUCCAGGCGAACGGGACGGUGCUGGCCUGUGGUGAAGGCAGCUACGGCAGACUGGGGCAGGGCAACUCUGAUGACCUGCACGUGUUGACCGUCAUCUCAGCCCUGCAAGGGUUCGUGGUGACUCAGCUGGUGACGUCCUGCGGCUCUGAUGGUCACUCCAUGGCCCUGACGGAGAGCGGGGAGGUGUUCAGCUGGGGGGACGGGGACUACGGCAAGCUGGGACACGGCAACAGCGACCGCCAGCGGCGCCCCAGGCAGAUUGAGGCUUUGCAAGGGGAGGAGGUGGUGCAGAUGUCUUGCGGAUUCAAGCAUUCGGCUGUUGUAACUGCGGAUGGCAAGCUGUACACUUUUGGAAAUGGGGACUAUGGUCGAUUGGGCCUGGGAAACACCUCCAACAAGAAGCUCCCAGAGAGAGUUACAGCAUUAGAAGGCUAUCAGGUUGGACAGGUGGCCUGUGGGCUGAACCACACUUUGGCUGUGUCAGCCGAUGGAAUGAUGGUUUGGGCUUUUGGAGAUGGGGACUAUGGAAAACUUGGCUUAGGAAAUUCAACAGCGAAAUCAUCUCCACAGAAAGUGGAUGUUCUCUGUGGCAUUGGUAUCAAAAAGGUAUCUUGUGGCACUCAGUUCUCUGUUGCUUUGACAAAGGAUGGUCAUGUCUACACCUUUGGGCAAGAUCGGCUGAUUGGCUUACCAGAAGGCAGGGCACGAAACCACAACAGACCUCAGCAAGUCCCUGUGCUGUCGGGCCUCUUUAUAGAGGACAUAGCAGUGGGGGCAGAGCACACAUUAGUGCUCACUUCGACUGGAGACGUGUACGCCUGGGGCAGUAAUUCGGAAGGACAGCUGGGACUUGGGCACACCAAUCACGUCAGGGAGCCCUCUCUGGUGACUGCACUGCAAGGGAAACGCAUCCACCAGAUCUCCGCUGGCCGCUGUCACAGUGCGGCCUGGACGGCCCCACCUGUCCCACCCCGAGCUCCAGGUUCUUCGGUGCCUCUGCAGCUCGGGCUGCCCGUUUCUGUGCCCCCGCAGUACAGCGCCCUGAAGGAAGUCAGUAUGGAGACGGUCCGCGCCAGGCUGCGGCUCCUCUACCACUUCUCAGAUCUCAUGUACUCGUCAUGGAGGCUUCUGAACCUCAGCCCCAAUAACCAGAGCUGUACCUCGCAUUACAACGCUGGCACGUGGGGGAUAGUCCAAGGGCUGCUGAGGCCCUUGCUUGCACCCCGCGUGUACACCUUGCCCAUGGUGCGCUCCAUAGGCAAAACCAUGGUCCAGGGCAAGAACUAUGGCCCACAGAUCACUGUCAAGAGGAUAUCAACCAGAGGGCGGAAGUGCAAGCCCAUCUUCGUGCAGAUCGCCAGACAGGUGGUGAAGCUGAACGCCUCCGACCUGCGCCUGCCCUCUCGGGCCUGGAAGGUGAAGCUGGUAGGAGAGGGGGCCGACGACGCCGGCGGAGUUUUUGACGACACCAUAACAGAAAUGUGCCAGGAACUUGAGACAGGAAUUGUAGACCUCCUCAUUCCUUCCCCAAAUGCCACUGCUGAAGUGGGAUAUAACAGAGACAGAUUCUUGUUCAACCCUUCUGCAUGCUUAGAUGAACACCUUAUGCAGUUCAAGUUCCUCGGCAUCUUAAUGGGUGUUGCCAUUCGCACCAAAAAGCCUUUGGACCUACACCUGGCCCCCAUGGUCUGGAAGCAACUCUGCUGUGUCCCACUCAUUCUGGAAGACCUGGAAGAAGUGGAUCUGCUCUAUGUCCAGACUCUGAACAGCAUUCUUCACAUUGAAGACAGUGGGAUUACAGAGGAAAAUUUCCAUGAUAUGAUUCCUCUGGAUUCCUUUGUUGGCCAGAGUGCAGAUGGUAAAAUGGUCCCCAUAAUUCCAGGGGGAAACAGCAUCCCUCUCACGUUUUCCAACAGGAAGGAAUAUGUGGACCGGGCAAUUGAGUACAGACUGCAUGAAAUGGAUCGCCAAGUUGCCGCAGUGCGGGAAGGCAUGUCCUGGAUCAUUCCUGUGCCCCUGCUGUCUCUCCUGACUGCCAAGCAGCUGGAGCAGAUGGUGUGCGGCAUGCCCGAGAUCUCUGUGGAAGUGCUGAAGAAGGUGGUACGGUACCGGGAGGUGGACGAGCAGCACCAGCUGGUGCAGUGGUUUUGGCAAACCUUGGAGGAGUUCUCCAACGAGGAGCGGGUCCUGUUCAUGCGCUUCGUCUCCGGAAGGUCCCGGUUACCAGCCAACACCGCGGAUAUCUCCCAGAGGUUUCAGAUCAUGAAGGUUGACAGGCCCUAUGACAGCUUGCCGACGUCCCAGACAUGCUUCUUUCAGCUCCGCCUUCCACCAUACUCCAGCCAGCCCGUCAUGGCCGAGCGCCUGCGCUACGCCAUCAACAACUGUCGAUCCAUUGACAUGGACAAUUACAUGCUUUCCCGCAACGUGGACAACACAGAGGGCUCCGACACAGACUACUGAGACAAAAAUCCAAUCAGGUCACAUGGACACAAGGGUUUAUGUAGCAGGAAGAAUAUUGAAACAAGAUGUAUCACUUAAGUAGAAAUCCUAGAUUAAAAUCUCUUAUGAAGCUG